CUUUCUCGUCUUCUCCAUUUUUUUUUGCAGCUGUAACAAGUUUUUUCUGACGAAGAGAGAAUCGCCGUUCACAGGCUCCUUCUUUGAUCUUCUCCUACCAGGUUUUUUCGAACUCGGUAAUAUGGGCGAUUUCUCGAUUCAUAUCAGUAAUAAGCUGAUUAAUCAGCUAGCUGAAGAUAACGAACAACCGAAGAGGAAGGCAAAGAAAACCAAACCCAAAGUCUCACCACAGAGCAAAGCGAAAACAAACCAAGAUGCAGAGAAGAAACCUAAUCCAGUGGCAGAAUUACCGAUGCAGCCACCGUUUUUCUUCCCGAUACCACCACAAGCAGCGGCAAGCACAGAGCUGGAAUCGAUAAAAUCCGUUGUGAAAGAGAGUGAGAAGGUUCUUGAGAAGCUGGAGUUACAAGAGAAGAACAUUGUUCAUGAAGUGACAGAGAGAGCUAAGGAUCUUAGGGAGAAAGAGUUCAAGAUCCCAGAACCUAAACCAAUGCCUUGUUCGUCAUAUCACGAAGCGUGGAUGAAAUGCUACAAGGAGAACAUCGGUGAUCCACUGAAAUGUAGCGGUUUCGUUAAGAGUUUCCAGGAUUGCGCACGCCGGUCCAGACAGCAGAAUCCCGAGGAAAAGUAGAGAUAAAAAAAUUCAGAAAAACUUUUUUGAGAUACGAAGGGAAGAGUAGUUUUUGCUUUCUGAGAUCAUAUGAAUGAUACCGGAAGAAUUGAGCUUGUGUCCUUUUAAUUACAUGAAAGCAAAAAGAAAGGAAAAAUAAGCAGAAUCUGUGAUU